AUGAUAUCCAAACAUACAGAAUUUUAUGAUGCCCACCUUGAAUUUUCAGUGUUAAAAACAGAUAAAAUUUCCAAUGUAAAUAAUUGCUCCAGUUCUGUGACUCAAUUCAUCUUCUUGGGCUUCCCUUGUACCUGGGAGAUUCAGAUUCUCCUCUUUUCAAUCUUCUCUGGGACCUAUGCCCUGACUCUCACUGGAAACCUGUGCAUUAUCUGUGCUGUGGGAUGGGACCACCAUCUCCACACCCCCAUGUACAUCCUGCUGGCCAAUUUUUCCUUCCUGGAGAUCUGGUAUGUCACCUCCACUGUCCCCAACAUGCUAGCCAACUUUCUCUCUGAGACCAACACCAUCUCCUUCUCUGGAUGCUUCCUCCAGUUCUAUUUCUUCUUCUCCAUGGGCUGCACUGAGACAUUCUUCUUGUCCACCAUGGCCUUUGACAGGUACCUAGCAAUCUGCAGGCCCCUGCACUACCUCAGCAUCAUGACAGCUCAAUGCUGCAUCAGAAUGGCAGCCUGCUGCUGGGUGUGUGGCUUCCUGUACUUCCUCUUGCCUGUUUACCUAAUUUCUCAGCUCCCAUUUUGUCAUCCCAAUAAAAUUGACCACUUUCUUUGUGACCCAGGACCGCUUCUGAAGUUGUCCUGUGUGCCAGCUCCAGCCACUGAGGUCAUCUGUUCCAUCUUUAACUCAAUCCUCAUUUUCUCGACAUUGCUUUUCAUCACCAGCUCCUACACACUGGUGAUCAGAGCUGUAGUGAGGAUCCCCUCAGCAGAAGGCCAGCGAAAGGCCUUCUCCACUUGUGGCUCCCAUCUGGCUGUUGUAUCCCUGUUCUAUGGCUCCAUCAUGGUUGUAUAUGUGAGUCCAACAUCAGGCAAUCCAGAAGGGAUCCAGAAAAUCAUGACAUUGUUCUAUUCCGUGUUAACCCCACUUUUCAAUCCCUUGAUCUAUAGUCUCCGGAAUAAGGAAAUGAAAGAAGCCCUGAAAAAAUUAUUCAGGACUGUAAGAUUUAUUCAGUGGCAUAUAAGAAAUCUGUGA